AUGGAGGCACAGAUGCAGGCAGAGGAGACGACUUUCCAAACCAGUUAACAGAGAGCGACAGACGCAAGCUGAGAGGAGAGUCUGCAAGCGCAAUCUGCUGCAAAAUUUACCGCCUCUGCAACCGAAAUGGAGAAUAAAGUCACAGAUUUCUCAGGAAAAUGGAAAAUGAAGUCUUCGGAAAACUUUGAGGAACUUUUGAAAGCACUCGGUGUGAAUGUGUUCCUGAGGAAAAUUGCAGUGACGGCUGCCUCCAGCCCGGCAGUGGAAAUCACCCAGCAGGGAGAGAGCCUGUCCAUCAAGACGUCCACCAGCGUCCGAACCACCCAUGUGUCCUUCACCGUGGGUCAGUCCUUCAACGAGGCCACGGUGGACGGACGCCCCUGCACGAGUUUUCCAAAGUGGGAAACGGACAGAAAGAUCAGCUGUGAACAGACUUUACAGAAAGGCGACGGGCCUAAGACGGCGUGGACGCGAGAGCUGACCAAUGAUGGAGAACUCAUACUGACGAUGACCGCCGGGGAUGUUGUCUGCACCAGAGUUUACGAGAGGGAAUGAGGAAAUUAUUUUCAGCACUGUCAUGCAAUGCUUCUGUUUUGUGCCUCAUGCAUGGUUUACAUUUACUCGCCUUGUUUACUUCUUCCUCCCAGCCAGUCAGUGUUGGUCAGCUCAAACUGUUCAGAAAAGUUGGCUUUUUUAAUGACAAAACUUGCUCUUUAUGUGUCGUAUAGACAUGUUACACAUUCCUUUUUGAAAAAAACUGCUUUAUUGCAGUGUCCAAAGCCUUUUUAAAAGAUGUUAAUAAACUGUUUUAUACGA